AUGUUGGACAGCGUCUUCCCCCCGCAGGACCUCAGCCUCCUGCAGCGCAUGAUCUUCAUCUGGGUCUUUAUCGCUAGCGGCCUCGUCGUUACCGUCCAGGUGUCGCAGUCGUGGGCCGACCCGCGCCCGCGAUGGACUGUGGUCACCCCGGAAAAUAAGCCGUACUGGUACACCUACUACACACUCGUCGCCUUCCUCUUCAUGCAGAUCGCCUACGGGCCGCUGCGCUGGCACCUCGAGGGCGUGCUGCCCUGGAGCCUCGAGGUGCACGUCCUCGACGCCCUGUGGAUCGGGCUGCUGAGCCUCGAGGCCUGCAUGCUGGCCUACGUCUUUACCCUGCGCAUAUCGGCCGCGCUGAGGAGGCAGGAGAAGGUCAAGGAGCUGUAG